AUGGAGGAAAGACCAUACGUAGGAUUUGAGAAGCCCCCCAGGAAGCGGUGCUGCAGGCCGGGCACACGGAUCAUAUUGUUGGGGAUGGCGACGGUCUCCAUGGGUGCUGUGUUGCUGACUCUACUCAUCCUGUGGCGUGAGAACACCCACCCUUUCUCUGCUGCCCCAGUGUCUCGAGUUUCCAAGGACUUGGAAAGACACAAGAGUGACCAGAUGGCCCAGAAGUCCCAGGCUGCCAGGAUGCUGGCGAGCAUAGAGCACAUCCGAGCAGAACAGAAGAGCAUGCAGUCUCAGGAGGGUGAGCUCUCUCAGAACCUGGAUGUCCUUGGAGCGGACUUGGACAACCUGAAAGCCAAGAGCUUGAAUGAGAAGCGUGACGCCUCAGAGACCCUAUGGAGACUUCAGGAGGAGGUGGCCAAGCUGUGGAUGGAGCUAAAGAUUGCCAAUGGCUCUGCCUGCAACAUUUGUCCUGAGCAGUGGAUCCACUUCCAGAAGAAGUGCUACUACUUUGGUAGAUCCAAGCCAAGAAAGUGGAUCCAGGCCAAGCACGCCUGCAGCGACCUACAAGGACGGCUGGUCAGCAUCCACAGCUCCCAGGAGCAGGACUUCCUGAGCAGACACGCCAGCAAGAAAGGUUCUUGGAUUGGCCUUCAGGACCUGGACAGGGAGGGCGAGUUUGUGUGGCCAGAUGGGAGCCCUGUGGAUUACAGCAACUGGCGCCCGGGGGAGCCCAAUGACCAGGGCCUGGGUGAGAACUGCGUGAUGCUGCUGGGCACCUCCGGCCAGUGGAACGACGCCUCCUGCCGACAGCCGCUGGAUGGCUGGGUGUGUGAGCGGCUGGCCACGUGCUGA